AUGUCUGAUCCAAAAUUUUGUGAGAUAUUCUGCAGAGGCAAACACUGCCCUUACUGUUCGUCAACUCACCGCUUUAAAGCAAACGAGUGCGCCGUGCCGGGACUUUAUUCGACGUGGCAAGUAACAAUUGUUUUGACUUUUGAUUGGCAGGAUUACCGAUGAAAUACUGGCAACUGCGCGACCGUCUACGGAGAUUAUCAGAAAAAAGAACUUGAUAAGUGUUUUUAAACAGUAUGCACACUAUCAGUCUGUCCCCAUUCGUCUUAGACUUCAGAUUAAGACAAUCAUUAACAUGCAAAUACCAGGCGAGCAUCCGUACUGUGGAGAUGGCAUCAACAAAUCAGGCUUUUCCUACGAUCCUGAGGUCUUUAUGGAGGCCGGCAGUAGGUCAAAAUUUUAUCUUUCCUUAAGCAGAACAAUCACAGUUUUUUACUACAAUUUUGCAUGGAGGGACUACGAAGUAGGGUCCAUUCGAUGUGUGCUAGACGCUGUUAAAGUCAUGAUGUUUGCACUUGAGCAAGGACGAGUAGCUGUACACUGUCAUGCUGGCUUAGGUUUUUAUAUUUUUUAAUUUACUCAUUUACUAGGACGAACUGGGACCCUUAUUGUGUGCUUAUUUAUUUUUCGUGACAAUAUGACAGCAAAACAAGCGAUUAGAUUUGUGCGUGCUCGUCGGUAUAUCCACUUGCCUCGUAAAAUUUGCAUAGACCUGGCUCUGUUCAGUCGACGAUACAACUGGGAAGGAUAAAACAGUUUGCAGCAUUCACGCAAUCUCUCCGUGGCAUUUACCUUGAAGGGUAUGAUUCUUGUUCAACUGACCGUAACGAUUGUUAGAAACAGUACUGAUCUAUCAACCUACCUACAGCGGCAGUACCUCCGACUUCGCGGCAUUGAAACAAAGAAUUUUGAAAAUCUCCCGAAGGUAUGAUGAUUUUUCAUUGUUAUGGUAUAAAAUAUUACGCGUCUUCACAUUGCUAUUGUCUCCUAAAUUACACGAGGCAUUACACACCCAAAUGGCAAUAUGAAGCCAUAUGUAAUUCAAUCAUGACGCAUGUCACAACACAGAUUAUUUCUGUGCUUGUAAAGAAAACCGCGUUAUGUUGCGUGGGAGGCCGUUGGAGUAGAGGACUAUUUUUACCUCUAUCCUCAUUCGAUUUUCGCUGCGUGGGAUGACUUCCGUUAAAUCCGCUCAAUAAUGGAACGGCAUGGUUUGAAUGUCUCCCUGGGGAGGCAUCCUUCUCGACUAUACUCUUUAUUAUAAAUUAUUAUCAGAUCCCGUUUUAUAUCUCCCACUGAUUUGCUGUCUGACGAAGUCACGAAAGUUAUUUUCAUAGUGGAGAAGGCGAUAUUUUCGAAAUCGCGAGGUUUCACUCUUACCUCCUCUCCCGUCUUAAGUCCUAGCCCCUUAAAGGUACUGAAGUUCGAAGGGUAUUUUUUCGAACACAUUUCCUUUCACGUACGUUUAUUUCAAAAUGACUAUCUUGCCGAAUUAACCUGCUUAAAAUGGGAGUUUGCAGUACACUUCUUUUUAUACCAGAUUGUCUAUGUCUGCUUCCGUCUCCUUCUGAAAUUGGCCUAUCCUCCGUCAUCGUCCAAGGAGAUUCACGAGGUAUUACCUUGUGAUCCUGAGGAUCCCCUUUGCGACGGAGUCCUUGAAGACCACUGCAAAGAGUUAGUUACUAUUGAAUUAUUAUGCUUGACUCUGCCUAUGCAAUAAUUUAAGGCAAAUUAUAGAAGGAGAUUACUUUCAAGACAAGGGAGACUGAAAUUGUCACUUCUGGUUCAUUAGCCACCGCCAGCCAGCCAUACACAAUUCCGGAUUUGCAACCUCUGGAAUUUGAGCCCGCGUUUCGUUGGUUAGAAAUCCUACUCUCUAACCACUUAGCCGCAGACUCGUCCUCUCGGUUGGCAGAGGAGUGUCAUCUUCUGCAUUUCAUUCCUUUGCGUUAUGUUAGAUGGACAGUGUUAUUUGGAAUAAACGAGCGAUUUGCCUAAUUGACGACUUGCGAGUCAGAGGCGUUUAGCAAGUGGGGAAAUUUGGCUACAAAUAGUUGUCCUUCUUCUCAUUGGUGUUGGCCUCUCUGUUGUGAAAAUUAGUAAAUCUCGCAUAUAGUUGUCUGUUUACCGCAAUUCAAACACAGUUUCCUUUCCACUCCACCCAGACAACAACCACUUCUGGCCAUCUUCCUAGUUUUGUUUGGCUCUGCAUAUUUUCCAAAGCGUUGUUGGAAGAAACCGUCAUGUUUUCUUCUUAUCAUCUUCUACAAUAUCAUGGGCAUCACAUGUUUUGCUCAAAUGCCCACCAACGGCAUUAUAUUUGGAAGUUGUAAUGUAGGACUUCGUGAAGAUGCAUCGGGAGUCAUCUGGUUCACUCGAUGGCAUAACCUGAGUUUCAUGACAAUACUGCGUGGAGCACUUAUUAGAAUUUCUGCAUGGUAGACUCGCCCAGUGUCUACUAAUCUGCUGGUCGCACGCCUUAAGCAGGAACUCGGCGCAAACUAACAUGGUAGCUGAGGGUUGGCUUGAAAUGGACAGUGAAAAAGAUACACAACGUUGGGAAAAUAUGAAACGAUCACCACUUGCCUUUGAGCAGUCCCAAUGGCGACUAACUAUUUUCUUUCAUUCCUGAUUCAGUUACUGCUCUAUUGACUUGUGCCAAGUAUCAAUUAAUUUAAGUCAUUACAUACCUCUCCUCUCGAUAUUACAUUUGGUCCCAUGUAUCAGGGGAGGACUUUACCUCUGCAGGACGAGAGUACGAUUGCAGAACUACUUUCCUUACGGGCACUUUUAAGGGCGGUUUGACAUUCUUCCAUACCUGCACUGCCACUUCAUUUCUGAAUCGCAAUUUCAGCUUACCAUGCAAUCGGUUACAGUUAUACUAGUCUCGUAAGAUGGGUCAUUAACUUCAGAUACAGCAUGGUCUUAAAGUCAGCUGCUGAGUUAAACGAAGCAGGUUUCGUCCAAACUUGAGUUGGUUAGUUAUUCUUUAGAUCUGUAUAGUAAACACCAUUACUCUGCAUUAAUGUGUGUUUAGACUGUUGUGCAGACUAAACCUGUGUUUUACCUCCCUCCAGUCUUCAGUCAGAUGAUGAGUCUCGAACACCUUACUUUCUAUCUCCAAAACUGGUGAUCCCACUUUCCAAAGGCAGGUUUGACUGGAAUAUUUUCUUAGUCCUCCUAAUAGUGCGUCAGACUCCUGCGCGUAAAAAGGCUGUUCUGGAGGCCUUUUUAAAUCUAACGCCGUCCGAUGAAGUUUUGAAUGUCGUAGAAUUGUGGAAGGUGAGUAGCAGCAUGGUUUUAUCUUUUGUUCUCACCAACUACUAAUUCAUGCGUUAAACUAAGCAAUACAUCGCACUUCUUGUGUUUGAAGCCCAAAAGAUUGUGCAAGUAGCUGCGCUUGUUGAGGAAAGAUUUAGACGUCAAAUCAUAUUCUGAUAAAUGUUAGGUUUUCUUAGAGCACUGACAUUGAAGAUUAUAUAUUUCUGUCGUACACUUAGAUUUCAAGUCACCAAUUGGGUAACUUCAUGCUUUCGCUAGUAAUCAAAGUCGCCAAUGACAUGUCGUUCCAACAGAAGUAAUGAAAGCCAACUGAUUGCUCUAUUAUAGAAGAGUUAAACAAUGUUGAAGAGCGAGCAUUCCUAGUUUAUACCCGAAUGACAUUAAAACAUAGACGCAUGAACGCAUCCAUGUUUACGCGUUUAAAUGUGUGCUCCUUGGGGUUGAGAAGGGGCUAAAUUAGCCGUUUAAGAACUAAGCAAAAGUUAACAAUCAAAAUUCUUAUUUUCGCCAAUUGUUUAAAAAAACAGCCAGAGUUAAUCGCCGGUUUUUCUGAUUACGUUUAAUUAGUUCGGAACACAACAUGAAUUCAAUGUCAGCAUAUCCGAAAAUGUGGGCUUAAAAUAUCAUUUUUCCAAAAGUGGUUGAUAAAUAUUAAAAGUCAGGCAAGGUUUUGGUAGUUACACAUCUAUGGGCUGCAAUAUAACUGCUUUCUGAUUGGUUUCGCCCUUGGCUAUCUACGCAGACAUAUGUUUUCUGUCAAAGUUUUUAUCGCUUAAAUACUCCUCACUGACAUGCACAUGAUGGUAUGAUAACCAUGGUUGAUUUCAGUUAGAAUAACUCCUGAUUAGUUGCCAGGAUGUAAAGUGGUCAGGCUUCAUCACAGAUGGUUCCCAUUUUCACUUUCGACGCAUAACAGGCGCAAGUAUCUGUUAUAUUUGGAGAUCUCGAGGCCUAAGUAAAGUAGGCUAACAUUAAUCCAAUUUUGUGACUUUUUUGAGAUAACUAACAAAAACACCAAAACCUCCGGAGAUUACAUGGCAAAAUAACCAUGCCUUUUCAGGUAAAAAGGUUCAUUCAUAAAAAGUACUUUCUUGUUUUCUAAUUUUAGGCUCGUCUUAAUGCCAAUGACAGUCUAUGGAAGCAUAUGUGCAAAGAAAUACGGAACCCCCUAACGCUCGUCAAACUACUUUAUGAUUGGUUUUCCACUUUAAGGGUACGUAGACUUGACAAAGCUACUCCGCCGCAGUCUUCCCACUCAGUUAUUUUCCCGUGAAAGACAAACUUUUACUCAUAAGUUUGGUGUAACAUUGCACUUGGAGUGAAAAUGAAUCGAUCAUUUCAAUCGGAAGUAGCUCCAUCAGAGGAUGGGGUUCCACGUUCCUAAGUGGAAACUUCUGAUAAGUUACCGGAAGAAAGUCGCUAACUUUUAUUUAUGAAGAAACCUGCGGGAUAUCCAGCCUUCGACCAGUUGUGGCCAGAAUUAUCCAAGUUUACUCGGAUACUCUGGUAAACAUGGAAGCCAGAAAAACAGGGGAAUAUUUAUGCAUAUGCUGGUGCUCACCAGUCGGUUCAAAUUAAAAAAAAAUCAGAUCACUUUUUCAACUUUAUACUCGCUUCCCAUAUCUCAAUCCUCGAACAUGGCCGCAUGAAGAAUAAAAAACCUAUCUGAAGGGAUGAACGAACAUACUGACAGUGGCCGAAGGAACUUGUUCAACUUGUCUAUACGUCCAGUUUAAUAAGUCUACGAAGCCAGCCUGAGGUUGCAUGUUUUUCAAACGUGAACAAGGCUUUUCGGAUAUGAAGAUAAGAUGUUUCAGUAAGCGUAUUGAUCCGAUUGUCGUCUCCGACGCUUCGGAGGCCACAGCAUCUUAGGAAGCCAACAGGCUACACGACAGGGGUCCUGGUCAAACACUGGAGUGAAGUGAGAUGCUGCCAUCCUUUAAGCACUACAGUGAUACCCCUUGAAGUCCGCGCUAUCCUUUAGGGACUGGUGUCAGCGUGAGUAAGGUCAGGGAACGGCAUUGUUACCGCCCGGCUUCAUAGAGAUAGUCGUCAGCCCCCCAGAAGGGAACUGCUACCGAACAGACGGUGACCGAUUUCAGGAAACAUUAACCGAAAUACUUAAAUGCGUUUGCGACUAGGAAGGAGUAUUUAAGUGAAAUUGUGAUAUUCAUUAUCUUGGGACAUGAUUCCGCGAUAGUUCGGACAUGCCGGUAAGUUUGCUUUUGAAUCCACUUCCUUACGGCCGCCUGUAAUAACAGCGCAUUUUUAAAAAUGACGGCAUAGGUAGAAUACACUCGCUAUAUCGAUCGUUGGUGUCCUUAUAAAUCCAUGCAUGUUCUGUAAAAACCAUAGUAAAAUAUUCUUUCAUGCAAUCAUUUAGUAGAAAAGUACAUCUUCAAAUGGUAUACCAGAUGAGAGGAUACGAUUCUGUUUUAAAAGAAUUUCUAAUUUUGGGAUUUUUUAAGGCCAAACGGUAACCAUUCAACCAACACCCGAUCUGUCUGUUUACCAAUGCACUAUAUUACGUAUACGACAUAGUCCACAUACGUUAGAAAGUUUUAUGAGCCAUAUAUGGUAUCUACUUCACUGCAUGGAGGGAUGUAUAUUUUCUCCCUAAACUGAAAGCAUACAGCUUGUAGGCUGAGCAUUCUACACGCAAAUACAACGGCUGAUAAAGCUGAAAAUUAUUCUGGAAUUGAAAAUCUUUUUGCAAAACUGAAAUAUACGGUUUCAUCAAGUAUAGAAUUCGAAAAAGAUAUGAUUUGCUGCCGAAUUAAUGUGAGCAGAGAUAUUUUUAUGCAUAUUUUUACAAAAUAUAUUUGAUUUUAUAAGGGCUUCAAAAGUCAAUAUAGAAAAUUAACACUACUUAUGCAGUUAUUUUUUGCCAAAUUUGGUGUUGCGGGCGGCCGACUGGAUGUCAAGAGCCUGACCUUUCUAAAAUACUACGGCAUCAUGUCGCCUGAUGCUCAGUAUUGCGAGCCCACCUAAGUCAUCCUUCUAGUCGAAUAUGUAUUUCAGAAUUUCGACUGGCAUUUCACAGGAUCGGUUAUUGACGUUAUUUGCAUCAAUUCAGCCUUCUUUGCUAUUUUAAAUUUGGUUGACAUUGAUGAUUUUGCUCAUGGUACCAAGAAGCUGUUUGCGGAAGCAGAAAUUUCACUAGGCGUGGAGAGUGGCAAAACGCAGCUAAACCCCUGUGCUCUCCCUGUAACGGACUGUUUGGGCCGGGGUCCUAGUUAAUAGUCCAUAGAUAAGUCGAAUACAAUAGACCUAAGUGGUUAUGCUACAUGCCUAGGACUUCACUUAUUCCGCAGAAGUCGGCACCCAACAACUUAACGUGUUGCUCCUGACCGCAGUUUCGUCAGAGAAUUACAGAACUUCUACCGACAUCCCAAAUCAGGCCGUUUUCUUUCUAAUCAGGCGUAGACACUAAGUCAGCAAGCGUACAUUAUAUAAUUUGUAUUUCUGAAAAUUCUUAACUCGUUAAAGGUACCAGCAGUUCGAGAGGAGGAUGUCCCAAACUUGUGCUGCAGUUGCCAACAAGAAGAGGACAAUGACUUCUUCAAGGAUUUAUCGAAGGUUCGUGCAGUUUUCUUCUCGGUUUUAACUAUGUCUCGUCGAACUGGUGCUCCUACUGUUUAAAAACCUAAUCACUUCAAAGGAGAACCUAGACCGACUAUUUGCCUUCAAUGUCAAUAAUUGUCUUAAGCGAUGUUUUGCGUACAUUGUCUGCUUUCAGCCAGUCGGGACACUUCUGAAAACCUGCUCGCGUUUUGUCUUCUAUCUUCGACUGCGGAAUUUCCAAGAUGAAGCGGCCAUUAUUGAACGGCUGGUUGACAUGGUAACUCAGGAGCCCAACUGUGGACCGUCGCCACGCGUUGGCGGUACCCAUCCUCAAGCGGUCUGGAAACGGAAACUUUCACACAUCUUGCAUCAUGCUGUUCAGUCCAUGGGAGAUACCUGA